AUGGCCUCCCGCACAACGAGCUUCGUCCCAAGGUCGCCUUGGACAGCGGGAGAGAGAUUGUGGGAUAUCCACGUCCCAAUUCCGAAACUGAUGACGCGCAACUUGGCGGCCAUCCAGAUGAAUGAGUCUGGCGUGUCCAACGCAGGUGUGCUCGGAUUGCAGAAGCCAAAGACUAUCGUUGAUAAAGUGGCUUUCUGCAAAGUGUAUCUACGAGCGGAUCGGACUGAGAUGGUCAAUCGGCCAGCCUUUGGCCUCAGCAUGUUCACGGGCACGCUCGUGGCCCUGCGCAAGAAUCUGGAGGCCCGAUGGACCAAAAGAGGGGCUGGCAUCUUCCACGAGUCGUUGGCUGCCGAGUUUGGCCAACUGGCGGACAAGUAUGAGUUGUAUGAAAUCAAUCAAAUCCUCAACAUGCAAGACUACCCGGAUGAUGUCCUGGGCCGUGCAGCAGGCUUGGUGGUGGGGGGCCACUGGGCUAUGACUCUGGCAUCCACGCAACAGGAAGGCAAGUAUGCCUCGGCCAUCACCGAAAUUCCCGUGGCAGCUCGUGAGGCGAAGAGGACCUUGCUUGAG